AUGGAUGAUGCCUUGUUGAAGCCUUCCAAGGUGCGAUGUUCCGUCAAAAUUGGGUCGCCCUGGGUGUGGGACGAAGAAUGGCAGGAUUAUGCCGAGAAAAGUCCGGAUGUCAUUGCAGUGGGCACCCUUGUGGAAGUCAAAGAUCCGAAAGCUUUGCGGGCCAGGGAGUUUCGUGCAGAUAUGGUCCAUGGCCCUGAUUCCACGAACGAGGAUGUGAUCAUGUGCGAUUUAGCUCCAACAUUGGAAGCUGUAUUGAACGGUACAGAUGCUGUUCUGCUUGUGGCGGGUGUUACUGAUGGAGCGCAGGGCGACUUGAUGGAUGGAGCUGAAGGGCUUGCAGCGGCGUCGGUGUGGCAGCUGGCCUCGGAGUUGCAUGAGCGCCAGGUCAGUCAUCGUGCCAACGGGGCUGUUGGAUACACUUUCCAUAUGAGGCUGCAGUGUUUUCAACUUGUUGGUGACACGAUUGUGGACCUUCUUGCCGAUUCUCCAGAAGCUGCACGGUUGAUGGACUUACCACAAGGUGUAGUGGUCGAAGGUGUGCGAACUGCCAGCGCUACAUCUGCUGAUGAGUUCAUGAAGUACAUUGAAGCUGCCCAAAGACGUCGAGAUCCAGAGAAGCGACAUCAAGGAAGCACUGUUUUCAUCAUGGAUGUCACCCAGGCAGACUACUACGAGGGAUGGGGUCUCCACGGACGCUUUGUUCUUCUGGAAUCAGCAGUCAUGGAUUGUUUGGCAGAGGAUAAGGGUCUUGUCCAGCUUCGUGAAGGCUAUGACCGCUACAGAGGGGUCUACCACAUGCGCAGCUUGGUCAAGUCAUGGAGAAGUGGCGAGCCGGGAGAUGUCAACGGCUCCUAUUUGACUUGGCUUCUUCGAGAUGUUUUCACAGGUGGCAGCAUUGAAGUUCAUCUGCUGUUCUGCGUAGCUCAGGGGAAGCCUGCAAUAAGCAUAGCGCUGAUGGAGUUCAUGGAAGAUUUUGGCAAGGUAUAUACAAAUCCAGUAACGCAGGACCAUCGAGUUGCAGGAUGGGCAAGAGCAGUGCGAUCUGAACGGCUGAUGUGGAAGCAGGCGCUUGAGCGAGGAGCGGGCAGUGUGGAUCGCGACACAAGGAGCCUCGUCCUGGAGCUGGAGAAGCGGCUGGCCAACGCCGAGAGGCAGAAGGAAGAAGCCCAGCGCACGGCUGAUGCCCGCCAAGACCGAGCAAACAAUUUCCAGGACAGGUACGUCUCUGCCCUAGAGAAUCAGGAAGCGAUGAAUGAAAAGCUCAUGGCCUCCGAAGAGGAGCAGUUGAAGGCCAUGCAGUCGCUGGUCGAGGCACAAAUGGAGGCAUCCGAGCUUAAAGAUGAGUUCAGUGAAAUGCAGUACACAGACAAUGUUCUUCUGAUGAUGUUGGAGCAAGAGGUGGCAGAGUUGAAGGAAUCUGCUGAGAAGACAACCGCCGACUUCACAGGGGAGCAGGCUAGGCAACUACACGAUGCAGAGGUGGUGGCCGAGGAUCUACGAAUGCGGUUAGAUGCCGCAUCAGAAGCAAAAAUCCAGGCUGAGAUUCAGAAAGAGGUAGAAAGAGGUGACCUGGAGAAUCGUGUUCAGGCACUUCGACUGGAGCUUCGAGAAGGGCACCUGGCAGAUUCAGUGCAGCACGCCGAGGAGCGUGGCAAGAUUCAAGAGACGAUGAGAGGAGAAGUUGAACGACUCAGGCAGUCUUUGGAAGACGAGCGCAGCCGCACGAGACAGAUCAUUGAUGAGGGGCAGCUGGAAAUGAUGCGUGUUCGCCACCAGUUCCAAGAAGAGACGGCGCAAGCUGCAUUUCUGGCGAAGCAGGAGCUUCAACAUCUGGAGUCGACCAGGGAAGCCGAGCUGGUCGAAGCGCGCAAAGAGCUUGCGGAGGUGCAGAGGCGGCAGGUGGCAAAAGACCAAGAAGUCAAGCCUGACGCUCACGAAGCCCUCGAGACUGGGCGAUUGACGAAGAUGCAGGAUCGACUCAUUGAAGAGGUGCAAGCGCUGCGAAAUGCCGGCACCUUCGCCGCCAAUGCAUCUGCAAAUGCAGAUCUGCAAGAACAAAAUCGAGCAUUGCAGGCGCGUGUGGCAUUCCUGGAGCAGCAAAGUCCUGCGGACAGGCGUGUGCAGGCUCAGCGUUUGGCCUUUUUUGAAAAGAGUGUCCGUGACCUGGAGGCUGAGAGGUCGGCGCUGUUGGUGCGGGCAACGGUGGCAGAAGAGCAGUUGAAGCAGUUGCAGAAGCACUUGAAGGAAAUCACCGAGGAUUAUCAGAUGCAGAUUCUCAAUUUGAAGAUGAAAGGGCACAGCUAG